UUCUCUUAUUCGCCUUAGAGUUAUGGAGACUCAUUAUCAACAUUUGUCUCAUGACAUAGUAUCGGAGAUUCUAACAUAUCUUCCAGCUAAGUCUUUCAUGCGAUUCAAGUGUAUUUCUAAAGCUUGGAAUACUACUAUGCAAGAUCCCAAUAUUAUCCGGUUACACUAUGCUCGUUCUCAAGUCUGCCCUUCAGCCUCCCGACUUUUGUUUCAACUCAAUACACGUCCUAAAAGGCAUUGGGGUAGAGGUCAUGAAUCGAUAGAUUUAUGGUUACAACUUGAUUAUUUUUUCUACGAUGAAGAUAUGGCUAUUUGUUCGAAUCAUUGCAAUGGAUUUGUUUGUUUGUAUAGCUAUAAAGAUAGUCAGUUUUAUUUAUUCAAUGUCACCACAAGGGAGAUAAAAGUUUUCCCAACCUACGUGAAUGAAGAAAUAAGAAUUACACCAAACUUCAAUUGUCCAUUUGAUAAAUUGGUUCUAGGGUUUGAUCAGGUGACGGAAAACUUCAAAUUGCUACUUUUGUUUACUCGUGAUUACACGUUCGAGGCCAAAAUUCUAACGCUAGGAGUAACCAACUCGACUUGGAGAAAAAUUGAUUUGUUUAAAUAUAGAAGUAUCUCAUGUGAUGAUUUUGGUGAUGAAUGCAUUUACCUUAAUGGAGUUGUUUAUUUGGGUUGGCCGGCGCAUUAUAUGGUUUAUUUCAACUUUGCAGAUGAGGAAUUUGGUUAUGUUUUACCUCCACCACAAACUUAUUUCAGUCAUUUAAGUAUCAUGGAUACUGCAAUUUGGGGAAAAUUGGCUAUCUAUUGCAUCAAGAAGAACUCUGAUCGACAAUAUUUUGGGUACGUGGAUAUUAAAAAGGAGAAAAGAUGUAUGACAAGACAAAGAAGGCGUAUGUUUUUGCAACAACGAGUGUAGUGGGUGCUCCUGCUUCAAUGCCGGCUAAUUGCAUAAGAUUUACUGAGCAUAGCAACAUAACCAAGAGACCUUAUGCCAAUAUAGCAUUUGUUAGCAGAUUUGUUGAGAAUAUUACCCCGUUAAAGUAUUUACUAGUUUGAAUAUGUUA